AUGCCGACGUUCCAGAACAAGACAUUCCGCUCGUCGGCCGACGCGGGCAAGAUCGGCAUGAAGUACCGCUCUCUCAUAGGCAAACAUCCGUUCCUCACCUUUGGGCUGCCCUUUAUCGCCGUCAUUGUGGCUGGCUCGUUUGUCCUCACGCCCGCGACGGCGAUUCGAUAUGAGAAGCACGAUCGCAAAGUGCGGCAGCUGACCAAGGACGAGGAGCUGAAUGUAAGGAGGGCGGGACGGAAGGUGGACAUGAAGGAGGAAUACUAUAGACUUGCUGGGCGGGAUCUGGACAAUUGGGAGCAGCAGCGCGUCAAGAGGCUGCCCGGAGAGAGCGACGGAAUCCUGUAA